AUGUCAAUCAGACAAAAUACAGGCGAAUUUACAAAACACAAACAACAACUAGGUAAACAGGGCCCGGAACCGGUCAACUUUCCACCGCGCUAUCAUCCGCCGCCACCUGCCACAGCCAGUUCUAAACUAGGCACUAUAGAUCCAACAUCUAAAGAGUUUAAACCUCCCAACUCAGUAAAGCAUAUUGACCCUAGUAAAUUCCAAUACUCCCUGGGAGUGCAAGGUUCUAUGCCUAUGCUCUAUCCUAGUGGGCCUUUUCCACAAGUGAAAUAUCUCCAAGGUUAUCCCGCUGGCUAUCCUGUGCCACCAGCUGCGCUUCGUGUACUUCGACCAGCCGGAGAGAUUGUGACGAAAGCAAUAGUUCACGAACCUGUAGAAGCAACAGCCCGUGCUAGAAGUGCCGACGACACUCAGCGGGUGCAACGUAAUUUAGAAGAAGAACAAAUUCACAGAAGAUCGGCUGACAUGCUUAAAUUUACGAAACGUAUUGAUUCCGACAAUACGAGACAGUCUACAGACCAGAGACGACAAAUUCAAACACUUUUAGAUGAGAUAAAAGCACUGAAGGAAGCCAAUCGUCGUCUGAGUGAUGAUAAUCAAGAACUUCGUGACUUGUGUUGCUUCUUAGAUGAUGAUCGACAGAAAGGACGAAAGCUGGCGCGAGAAUGGCAACGGUUUGGUAGAUAUACCGCAUCUGUGAUGAGACAAGAAGUAUCCGCGUAUCAAAGUAAACUACGAGAAUUGGAUGAUAAACAGCAAGAGCUUAUUAGAGAUAAUUUGGAAUUGAAAGAGUUAUGCCUAUAUCUAGACGAAGAAAGAGAAAGAAGUCCCUGUGUUAAUUGUGGAAGAACUGCUGGACGAGAAAGAGAUGACGGUGACGGAAGCAGUAGUGGCACAAACGCUGAAGAGGUCGCAAGGCCACCUCCAACAACGGUCUUAAUUACACAUCCACAGUUAGCGGAACGUACAGUACAAUAUGUCAAAGACUUAGAACAAAAAGUGAGACGAUUAGAAGCAGAGAAAGGCUUAGGGAGCGGACUCAAUGAAAGACCUGAAGCUGUAGUUCGAGCUCUGCAAGUGUUGGAGGUGAGAGAAAGAGUUGAAAGGGAAAGGAGGAGACCAGCUCCGGACUUAGACUCAGGUGAACAAGCUCUUGUUAGAGAAAUGUGUAACGUUGUGUGGGGUAAAUUGGAAGAUGCUCCUCCUCAAGCACCACCACGU